CCCCCCCCCCCGCGCCGUCAGCCCGCUGCGGGGCUCCGCAGGGCCCGGGCUGCCCGUGGAGGGCGCUGUGGGCCGAGCCGAGCCGGGCUUGGCUUGGCCUGGCCUGGCCGCGCCUCUUCCGCCGCUGCCGCCGCGCAGGCGGCUCGCUUCGUCCGGGGCUCGGGAGCGGCGCUGAGGCGGCAUGGGGAAGAGCUGCAAGGUGGUGGUGUGCGGCCAGGCCUCCGUGGGGAAAACGGCGAUCCUGGAGCAGCUGCUGUACGGGAACCAUGUGGUGGGCUCAGAGAUGAUCGAGACCCAGGAGGACAUUUACGUGGGCUCCAUCGAGACGGACCGCGGGGUGCGUGAGCAGGUGCGCUUCUACGACACGCGGGGCCUGCGGGACGGCCUGGAGCUUCCCAAGCAUUGCUUCUCCUGCACGGAUGGCUACGUGCUGGUCUAUAGCACCGACAGCAAGGAGUCCUUCAAGCGGGUGGAGCUCCUCAAGAAGGAAAUUGACAAGUCCAAAGACAAGAAGGAGGUCACCAUCGUGGUUUUGGGCAAUAAGUGUGACUUGCAGGAGCAGCGCCGGGUAGACCAUGACGCAGCCCAGCACUGGGCCAAGGGUGAGAAGGUGAAGCUGUGGGAGGUGUCUGUGGCUGACCGGCGUACGUUGAUCGAGCCGUUCAUCUACCUGGCCAGUAAGAUGACACAGCCACAGAGCAAGUCUGCUUUUCCCCUGAGUCGCAAGAACAAGGGUGGCGGUUCUGUGGAUGGCUGAGACUUGUCUUUCCCUUCCCUUCCAUCACCACCUCCUCUCCCUCACCUCUCUCCUUCCCUUGCACGUACCUCCUGCUGAACCUGUGUGGUGUCGUGGAGCCUGCAGGAAGCCUCGUGGCACGAGGAACAGGCAUCCCAGGGCCGGGGAUGGUCUUUGAGGAGGAGAGAGGUGACCCAUCUCCCUGCACUGGGACAAGUGCUCUUUCCGCUGCCCAGGCCCUGCCACUGUUUGAGGUGCUACAGGAAAGCCAGGAUUCACUAAGUGACACUCCUCUGCUCUCAGGGUGCAGGCUGGCACCUGCGGGCUGCAUGCUGCCUGAGGGGAGAUGCAGCACAAGGCUGGCCAGCAGGUUGAGAUCAGCUCCGCAUCUGAGUGCAGGCAGGCCAGAGGAAAUGAUUCCCCCUUUCAAGAGCAACUCUGUCUUGUAUUUACCGAUUCUAUAUAAGAAGAGCCCCUUGUCCUCUCCCAGCUAGCUUUGUGGUGCUACAGCUGUGUCUCAGCAGAUUGCCCCUUACCUGGACAUGCCCUCUGCUCCUCGAUGUGUGGUAAUAGUCAGUCCUUGGUCAAGAGGAGCCUCCUGUCCCAGUGAAUGCACAGUGCAGAGCAGGUUGCUGUUCCUGAGGCAGGGUCAGACCUUGGCCCCAUGUCUUAUGGUGCCCACAUUUUAAAACUGCAGCCCUCUUACUGAGCACAGCCUCAGUCCUGACCUGAGAGCUGCUGGGACUGUACUUAGUCUGCACACACAGGUGCUUUAGGGCUGUGGCAGCUCUCACUGCCCAUCAGUCACAGUGCUGCCUCCCCUCUCAGAGCUACCACAAGACAAAGGGAAGGUGUCCCAGUCCUGCCCAGCAACAUGGUUCCUUUGGAUUUAGAUUUAAGA